AUGGCAGCAACAUUAGGAAAUGGGAAGACUUGGCCGGCCAAUGUGGUGUUGUGCUUCUUCUUGUUGUCUGUACACCUGAACGAAGGUCAAGACACAGUCAACAAUGGCCAGGAAGCUACUUCUAGUCAGAAGCUUGAGGUUGAUAAGCUUUUGAGGAAAUUGAAUAAACCAGCCGUCAAGUCUAUAAAGAUGAGGCGAACUUUCCGACCUGAAGUAAAGAUAGAAAGCAAAAUGUCUUCAAAGUCAAAGCCAAUUGUUCAGCCAUGGCACCAAGUUGGAAGUUGCCCAAAUAGAACCAUUCCUAUAAGAAGAACAAGAAAGGAGGACAUCCUGAGGGCAAGCUCUAUCCAACAAUUUGGGAAGAAGAAUCUCAAAACUGUCCCUCUUCGUCCAUAUGUUGCUGGUCAAGGUGGCCAUGAGUAUGCUUCAGUUUUUGUGAAAGGAGAAAAAUAUUAUGGAGGGAAAGCAACUAUGAGCGUGUGGCAGCCUGCUGUUCAAAAGGAUGAGUAUAGUAUCUCUCAAAUUUGGGUUAUAAGUGAUGCUGACAGUAAAAAUCUUAACACUAUUGAAGCUGGCUGGCAGGUUUACCCACAACUAUGUGGGGAUAACGCGACCAGACUGUUCACCUACUGGACUAGUGAUUCAUAUAAAAGCACCGGAUGUUAUGACCUUCUUUGUUCUGGGUUUGUUCAACUUGAUGCUGGAAUAGCUGUGGGAAGUCGCAUCACACCAUUAGCUGUCUAUGGUGACGGUAAUUCCCAAUAUGGUGUCACCAUCAUGAUCUGGAAGGAUGUGAUCAACGGAGACUGGUGGAUGCAAUAUGGUGAAGAUAAAGUCAUGGGAUAUUGGCCUUCGUCUUUUUUCUCACACUUAUCUGAUAGUUCAACAGCGAUACAGUUGAGAGGUGAAGUAGUAAAAGAAUCAGAAGGCCAGCACAGCACAACGCAAAUGGGAAGUGGCCAUUUUCCUUCAGAAGGUCAAGGGAAAGCUGGCUACUUCAUCAACAUUAAGUAUAUUAAUGGCCAAAACCAACUCGUGCCUGCUGGUAACUUGGUCCCUUACGUUGAUCAUCCCAAUUGCUAUGAUCUCCGAACUGAUCAUAAUGAUGAUUGGGGCAACUUCUUCUUUUAUGGCGGACCUGGAAGAAACCCUAAUUGCCCAUGA